AUGAAGUUCACCACCAUCCUCGCCUCCCUCAUCCUCGGCGUGAGCAGCCUUCCCACUUCCCCAGUGGACACUGCCGCCAACGACGCCCGCCUCGCCGUCCUCGACCGAGCCAAGGAACUCGGCGACAACUUCCAAGCGGCCAUGGCCGAUGUCCUCACCAACGAGGAGAUCGCGAGCUACAAGGCCGACGUCACCCGCGUUGCGGAGGAUGCUGUCGGUAACCUCGCCAACACGACCUAUCUCGACGGCCUCGCCCAGGAGUGGCACGACAACUUGUCUCCCGUCGUGAAGGAGAAGAUGGCCCAUUUGCGCGAUAAGUCACAGCGCCGCGACACCAUGAAGUGCGACUGGCGUCACUUCGCGGAGACCAUGUGCGGUCAAGUGCCGAAAUGCUCGAUCAAUGAGAACCUAUGCGGGCCUUAG